CUUCUCUGUUCGUUCUUUCCAUUCUUUUGUUCCAUAAGUUCAACCAUUCAUUCAACCAACUUCGAUUCUUAAGACUAUCAAGAUGUUCUGGACUGUUCCCGUUGCGCUGGCUCUCGCCUCUGGGGCUACUGCCCACACUGCUGCCUUUGUUAAGGGCAUGUUCUGCGAGGGUGGUCCCGAUCCCAACAACUACAACGCCAACUCCAACACUCCCGUGAACCCUCUCUAUGAUCUUCCCUUUGAGCAGUGGUGGAUGCAGGCCGACCGUGGCUGCAACAAGGCUCCUCCUCCUGACGGUGCCUCCGUUGCUCUGCCUGCUGGUGGCCAGUUCACCGUUGAGCUCGCCCACAACCAGGCUCAGACUACCCUGUCCUUCAACGGACAGUUCGCCGGCGAGUGGCCUGACGGCCAGAGCCACCCCGAGAACUGGUCGGGUCCUGGCAGCCCUCCUGACUGCAUUCAGGAUGACGGUGCCAUGCACACCCAGAACCAGACCAUGGCUGCUGGUACUGCCUGGGCCAUUUCCUACCAAUCGGACAUCACCAAGGUGACCAUGGACAACCUGGUUGUCUUCUCUGUUCUUGAGCACACCCCCUGGAAGCGUAUUGCUACCUACGACGUUCCCAAGGAUCUUCCUGCCUGCCCGGCCGGUGGAUGCUACUGCGCCUGGCUGUGGGUUCCCAACGGCUGUGGCACGCCCAACAUGUACAUGGCCAACUACCGAUGCCACGUCACCAACACCAGCUCUACCAAGACGCUUGCUCAGGCUAAGCCUCCUGUCUGGUGUGGCAACGAUUCAUCCAAAUGCCUCUCCGGUGCCAAGCAGAUGAUUGCUUGGAACCAGGCUACCGGCAACAACGUUCAGGUUCCCAACGGUGCUUCCCCCGGCUACAACAGGCAAAUGGGCUGGGCUCCUGGUGCUCAGAACGACAUCUUUGCUUAAGUCACUGGCAGCAAAUGUUGCUACUGGCUCUGACAACAACACCGCCGUCCCAAGCAGCUCCUGCUCUAUCACCUAUUGAUUCUAGCAGUCAUUUUCAUUUUUCCUAUUCAUGUUAAUAUUCUCCUUGUUGCCCUGUACAUACAAGCUUUAAUAGGGUAUCAAAAUAUCACUGUUGG